UUGUUGAAGAAAGGAAAACCAUGUCAGAACGUGACUCUCUUCUGUGGUGCCGGGUGCGCUUGCAGCGUGGAAGCAUGUGGCCUGUUUGCUGCUUUGCCGGAGACCCAGAAGGAUUUCCGCACCUCAUCGGUGACCAUCGUUUAUGGUCUCGAGCGGAUGAAAUAUGUCAUCCAUCAGGAGAUAGCUCAUAUUUGCUGGCUCUAUACUUCUCUUGAUAAGGAGAGUAUUAUGAUUAUCAACAAUGGGCCUAUGGAGGCCGAUUCUUUCAUAGAGCGCACUAAAGAGCUACACCGGUUAUUCCGGAAGCUCGCACACGUAAACGAUAAUCAUGACAUUAAGGCAGCUCUCGCGGCAUGGAAACUACCUACUGACUCGUUGGAGUUACGGAGCUUCGUGAAAGGAUUUUUUGAUCAUAUUCAAUAUGAAACAAAGAAAGAAUUGCUCAAAAGGGAAGACCAUAUGGACCAGCUGAAAGUAUUUUCAGCUUACCUGGAAGGGGAGCGAUAA